AUGGAUCCCUUUUCUGCAGAGGGCGAGCUUCUGAAUAUCCACAGCGCCUUCCACUCAGGCCAAUACCAGAAUGUGAUCGAUUCCGAGACCGCCGCGCUCUCCCCCGAGAACCAACUCCCCGCUCAAGUCCUCAGACUCCGCGCCCAGAUUGCUCUCGGUCAAUUCGACGAAAGCCUCGCUGAACCCUCCAUCGAAGAGGACAGCCCCGACCUGUCGGCCGUCAGGGCCCUGGCCCUGCAGUCAUCCGGCAACACAGACGCUGCCCUGCAGCUCGCACAAGAACUCGCAGAGAACUACCCCGAAAACAACACCGUGCAGGUCCUUGCUGCUACCGUGCUCCAGGCCCAGGGCUACAGCGAGGAGGCGCUGGCGCUGCUGUCCAAGCACCAGGGUAACCUCGAGGCCGUCUCCCUCAUCGUCCAGAUCCACCUCCAACAAAACCGGACCGAUCUCGCCCUUAAGGAAGUUCAAGCUGCCAAGCGCUGGGGUCAGGAUUCGCUGCUGGUCAACGUUGCCGAGUCGUGGGUUGGUUUGAGAGUCGGCGGCGAGAGCUACCAGUCUGCUUUCUACGUCUUCGAGGAGCUCGCUUCCGCACCCGGUACCUCCGCACCGCUAUCUAUCGUCGGGCAGGCUGUCGCUGAAAUCCACCUGGGUCGUCUUCCCGAGGCCGAGGCUGCCCUCACCGCCGCUCUUGAGAAAUACCCUACCGACGUGGAGUUGAUUGCCAAUAGCAUUGUUUUGAAUGUGUUGGCUGGCAAGCAGACUGAGGACCUGGAGUCCCGGUUACAGCAGGUCCAGCCCGCACACCCCCUUCUCACUGAUAUCCAGGAAAAGAGCGAGUUCUUCGAUACUGCGGCUGCUAAGUUCUCUGCCAAGGUCUCAUCGUAG